AAGAUAAAUCGGUGACGGAAGAGACAAUUUUUCAGCACGGUCCCUCUGUGUGGGACUAAGGGGACGAGGAGUAUGAGACCACGGGAGGUGAUUUUAUUCCUGGUGGUUCUAGGAAUUUCUUUGGAUCUGUCUCUUGGAGCCGCUUGCAAAGGAUGUAGUUCCACAGUGUGUUUGUGUGCUGGGCAGAAAGGAUACAGGGGAGCACGUGGUUUACCUGGAUUGAGAGGCUCUCAAGGAUUACCUGGAUUUAUAGGACGUGAGGGGCCACCAGGACCCAAAGGGUUGAAGGGUGAUUUUGGAGAAGCUGGUGGGGAUGGAGAGCGAGGAAACAGGGGAGAUCCCGGCCCUCAAGGAAUGAAUGGUGUGCCAGGAGUACCGGGAUAUGAAGGUUUAGAGGGACCUGUGGGGCCUCAAGGAUACCCAGGAUGUAAUGGAACAAAGGGACUGAAGGGUAACUCGGGAUACAGUGGAUUACCAGGAAGACGCGGUCCUCAGGGCGAACCUGGAUACCAAGGAGGCAAGGGAGAUCCUGGGGAUGGAUUUUAUGGAUUUGGUCCAAAAGGCGAUGUAGGUAAUUCUGGAAGGAGGGGACCAGAUGGGGACCCAGGUAUACCCGGGCGACCAGGACCUCCCGGCCCAUUUGGUCAACCAGGCCCCAGGGGAACUUCAGGAUUGAAAGGACAGAAAGGACCCAAAGGGCAAAUGGGAGACCAAGGCAGAAACCCACCCAAAGGUGAAAAGGGAAAGAAAGGAUUAAAGGGUCUCAUAGGGCCUAAAGGAUCUUCAACAAGCUUAAAAGGAAAACCCAUAAACUUGAUCUUCAAGGGAAGGAAAGGAGAACCUGGGGAGAAUGGAUAUCGGGGAAGACUCGGGCAGCCAGGAUAUCAGGGAGCAGCUGGAGAAAAUGGUCUGCCAGGUUUGCCGGGUGAUAAGGGGCCUUUUGGAAUGCCAGGAAUGCAAGGCAUGAGGGGGAAGAGAGGCAAGGAUGGUCCACCUGGACCUUUUGGUCUCAAAGGAGAACAGGGAGAGAAGGGUCAACCUGGCUAUAGUGGACUACCAGGAGAAACAGGCCGAACAGGAGAUCCGGGAUUCCAGGGAGGUAGAGGAGACCUUGGAGAUGCGGGUCCUCCAGGAGAUAAAGAUGGAGGGGGUGAAGGUCGUCCAGGUCCCAGAGGUCGUCCUGGUGACCCUGGUCCACAAGGUCCUCAAGGAUUCCCGGGAUUGGAUGGUGCUGAGGGCCCUGUGGGGCGUGAUGGUCCACCUGGUCUCCCAGGGCCUGAUGGGAUACCCGGGCAAAGAGGACCUGCAGGCUUCUCCUACCCAGGGGACAGAGGAGACCAAGGUGACUAUGGCCGGGAUGGACUCCCUGGAUUGCCUGGAUUACCUGGAUUAAAAGGGGUGGAGGGUGAAGUGGGACAACCUGGUGAGACGUUUCAAGGAUACCCUGGUGAGCAGGGCCGGGUUGGGCGUCCAGGUUUGGAUGGACUGCCAGGUAUGAGGGGAAAUCCAGGGCCUCAGGGAUUCCCUGGUAUCCCUGGAGAUGGUCUGGAUGUGACAGGUCCAGUCGGUCCAGUGGGAUUCCCUGGAGAGGAGGGUGAUCCGGGAUUCCAGGGAGAGGAUGGACGGGAUGGAAUCCCUGGAGAAAGAGGUCAAAGGGGAGAUGACUGUGGCGUGUGUCCUGGAGGUGUUCCAGGUGUGAGGGGAGAGGCAGGUGAUCCUGGUCUGGACGGACUUCCUGGACAACCAGGACAACCGGGUUUUAAGGGAUUAGCAGGAGAUCCCGGUUUACCUGGAUUUCCAGGCAUACCAGGUCAAAAAGGUUUACCGGGUCCUAAUGGUAUUCCUGGGGAAGUAGGAAGAGUUGGACCAAAAGGAGAACCGGGAGAUUUUGAAGGAGGAGGUUCAUUGAAGAUGAAGGGAAAGCCAGGAGAGCCUGGACCUCCAGGGACUUUUGGAAGGGCAGGGGAACCAGGGACUGGGGGUCCCCGAGGACUUCAAGGAUUCCCUGGCAUCCCAGGAGAAACUGGCAUGGUUGGAGAUCCUGGACUAGAGGGCCUGGAUGGCUUGCCUGGUAUCCAAGGAGAUAAUGGGUUAAUUGGUGACCCAGGAGAAUCCUUUCCAGGUGAAGUAGGACGUCUCGGACCAAAGGGAUUCCCUGGAGUAGAUGGUUAUCGCGGACUUCCUGGAUUUAAAGGAGACAAAGGUGAACCCUCACGAAUUAACAUUCCUCCAGGAAAGAAAGGAGAGCCGGGUAUGAUGGGAAUUCCGGGAGAAGACGGUCGGGAUGGAUUCCCUGGAUUAUUAGGAAUGAAAGGAGAGGCUGGACUUCCCGGAGUACCUGGUGAAAUUGGACGGGUGGGCAUGAAGGGAGACAGUGGACAACCCGGAAUUCCUGGAGAGAGGGGACGUGUUGGUGAAAAGGGAUUUCCAGGGGUCCCCGGGUUUGCAGGUCUGCCUGGUCUGCCAGGAAAUCAAGGUGUUCCAGGAGAAUCUGGUCAGGUCGGACAGCCAGGGUUACAGGGUGACCCUGGAAUACCUGGACUUGAUGCUCCUCCUGUCGAGCUUCUUAAGGGCGAAGCCGGAGACCCAGGCUUACCAGGGAGGGAAGGAGAGAGGGGGUUCCCUGGAGAAAUUGGCCGUGUAGGGAGGCAAGGAUUUGAUGGACAAAAGGGGAUGAGAGGUGGUGUUGGAGUGUAUGGAUCACCUGGAUUUCCUGGGUUGAAGGGAGAACAGGGCGAUUUCGGUGGAUCUGGAUACCCAGGCCUCAAGGGUUACAGAGGACAAGAUGGCAUCCCAGGAGAGACUGGUUUUGUGGGUGCACCUGGAGAUGCUGGGUUGCCAGGAAUACCAGGAGAUGAUGGGUUGAAGGGUCAGAUAGGUUUCCCUGGUGGAGAUGGGUUGGAUGGGAUUCCUGGUCGAGAGGGAGAUCCUGGAGAACCAGGAUUAAAUGGGUUGCCAGGUUAUGAUGGUCUACCAGGAAUGAAGGGAGAAACCGGAUUCUCUGGACGAGAUGGACAACCAGGUUUACCAGGACAACCAGGAGUACCAGGCCUUAAAGGAUCAAAAGGCGAGUCCGGAUUGCCUGGAUUCCCUGGUCAGUUUGGACUUCCCGGACUAAAUGGAGAGCCAGGAGAGGUGGGAUUCCCUGGAAUACAGGGUGAUAGAGGCCAACCUGGACUGCCAGGCCUAUCAGGAAUUCCAGGAGAUAAUGGAUUCCCAGGUGAACAAGGAGUGGUGGGAAGACCUGGACAGGGUGGACUCCCCGGCCGGAAGGGAGAACCAGGAAAUGUGGGAGCCUCAAUUCCUGGAGGACGAGGACAAAAUGGUUUACCUGGAGCUGAUGGUUUCCCUGGACUGAACGGAAUGAAAGGAGAGAGGGGGGAGCCUGGAUCUCUUGGAAUUCCAGGUCUGGAUGGAGAGCAGGGUGUGUUUGGGAUACCGGGAAUACCAGGAGAACAGGGACGCAAUGGGGCACCGGGACUCAAGGGAGAAGUUGGAGAGACCGGAAUUCCUGGAUUGGAUGGAUUUCCAGGGGAGAGGGGUGUCACUGGUCUGCCUGGUCCUGAUGGCUUGCCAGGUUUCCGUGGAGAACCUGGUUUAUUUGGUAUCCCUGGGGAGCAGGGUUUGACAGGCGCCCCUGGGGAGCCAGGAUUUGAUGGAGCCCCAGGACGUCCGGGUUUGAAUGGACCUAAGGGAGUUGUUGGAGAAAAGGGCCAAGAUGGACUCCCAGGCUUCCCUGGAAUGAGAGGAGUUGAUGGUCGGUUUGGAAUUAAUGGGCUGAAGGGAGAAGCUGGGAUCCCAGGAGAAGAGGGUAGAGUGGGCCGACCUGGUAGAAAGGGGGAGCGAGGCGAUUUUGGAUUUGUUGGUCGUCCAGGACUUCCUGGAGAAGAUUCAUUUGGUUUGGUUGGUGAACCUGGAAAUCCAGGUUUCUCUGGAGUACCUGGUCGCCCUGGUGACAAGGGAGUCAGUGGAGAUAAUGGACUGCCAGGAUUCCCAGGGCUGAAGGGAAUGAGGGGAGAUGAUCGGACUGGAUUUAAAGGCUUCAAAGGAGAGAGAGGACAAGAGGGUUACCCUGGAGAACAAGGCCGUGUUGGAGCGAAGGGUUUGCCUGGUAACCCAGGAUUAGGUGGCAUUCCUGGACUGAAGGGAGAACGAGGACUUCCAGGAUUCCCAGGAGAAGAGGGAUUUGUAGGAGACAGAGGAUUUCAAGGGUUCAAAGGUGAGAGGGGUUUAGAUGGUUUGCCGGGAGAAGUGGGACGUAGAGGGGACGCAGGCUUUCCCGGAGAAGUUGGCCGCAGAGGAGUGCCUGGUGACAGAGGCUUCGAUGGACCUAAUGGGAAUGUCGGAGAAAGGGGAGACCAAGGAGAUCCUGGAAUGCAGGGAGAUCCUGCAAGUGAACCAGUAAUACAACCCGAGCCCUGGCAGAAGGGAAGCAAAGGACAGAGAGGCCCUAACGGGAAACCAGGAUUGACAGGACUGUCAGGGGAAAUAGGGGUGAUUGGUGAUCGUGGAGAACCAGGUUACAGCGGACCGGAUGGAGGUUUAGGUGAGCCUGGACUCAAAGGACCUAGAGGAGAGAAUGGACUUAAUGGCAUCCCUGGAGAACAGGGUCGCCAAGGGCUACCAGGACAAAAGGGAUUUGCUGGAAUACCUGGUCUUGCUGGACCAGUAGGGGAGGGCUAUGGAAUCUAUUAUGCAAGACACAGUCAGACAACUGUGGUCCCACAGUGUCCGCAGGGCUCCACUAAACUCUGGGAUGGCUACUCGCUGGUUCAUGUUAUCGGAAAUGGCAGGAGUCACGGACAGGAUCUCGGUACUUCUGGCAGUUGUCUGCGGCGAUUCAGCACAAUGCCUGUAAUGUUCUGCAACAUCAAUAAUGUAUGUAACCUUGCUUGGAGAAACGAUUACAGCUAUUGGUUGUCCACGCGAGAACCCAUGCUGCCCAUGAUGAAUCCGGUCACGGGCCCAGCACUCUCAAGAUACAUCAGUCGCUGUUCCGUUUGUGAAACUGUAUCAGAGGUUGUAGCUGUUCAUAGUCAGGCAACCUCAAUACCCAACUGUCCAAAUGGAUUCCGGAGCUUGUGGACAGGGUACAGCUUCAUGAUGACCUCUGGAGCUGGGGGCGGAGGAGCAGGCCAGGCACUAGAGUCACCCGGAUCCUGUCUAGAGGACUUCCGGGCCACACCCUUCAUCGAGUGUCAUGGCAAUGGUCAAUGCAACCAUUACGCCACCUCUUACAGCUUCUGGCUGGCUACACUGAGAUCUUUUGAUGAGUUCCGAACUCCGGUAUCAGAGACAUUGAAAGCUGGCAGUCAGGAGUCUCGUAUUAGUCGUUGCCGAGUUUGUACACGCCAGUAGAGGGCGCUCAUUAAAUACUCAUUGUUCUUUCAGCAGUAUUGCCAUCACAGACUCCAGGUGAUACAAGACUAUGCAGCAAUUGUCUUUAUUUUUGUCUAUAUUCAGCAGGUAUAAGAAUCGAAAAAUUGCUUUCUAAUGUAUUAAGUGGAUGUGUAUAUGAUGUAUGUUUUGAGCUUGGUUGUAAAUGAUUAUGAAUUAUGACAUUCAUGUUCAGUUAUCUGUUUCUGUGUUCUUAGUGUUUGUCUGAUUUCACAUGGUGCUAUGAAGUGUAGAUAUUUCUUGCUCAAUAUUGAGAAACAUGUACAUUUUGUGCCUUAUAAGAGGUUUUACUUGUCAAUAGCUUUUAAUGAGAUUUCAUUUGUUAGUUUUUGCCAGGAUUAGUUAGCUGUAAUCUGAUAAAUACUCGAUUCGCUACUUUGAAGAGAUUCGUGAGUUCAUCUGUAGAUACUCAUAACUCUCAAGUCCGUGAUUAAAGAAUGACUGUAAAUUGAUGAGCGAUACAUGUUAUGUCGAGACUGGGCUGUUCCCACGAAUGUCUUCACUGCAGCUUAUCUAACAUAACCUUGUUAUUAUAUGAAUAUUUGUAUCUGUGCGUAAAGUUUGAAAAUCCAUCAUUUAUUAAAAAAUAAUUUUUACAAAUUGAUGACAAUUUUAAAAUGGUUCAUCUUAAACUUUUAUUUGAUAUUGAAAUCAAGCAGUAAAGAAGAAUUUUAGUGAUAUAAUUUUUUAUUGUACAUUAUUCUGAACCAGUAAAUGAAAAUUUUGUCAACAAAUGCUUUAAAAUAAAAGGGAAUUACUGAA